AUGACCAACCUUGGAGCUAGAACUAAUGGGAUUUCAUUAAACCAAGUUGAGAUCCCUAUCCAUGCAAAUGGUGUGGAGUCAAAACCGAGUGAAGAGAGCAGCAUUGACUACUCUCAAAGGGGUCAGUGGCUUCGAGCAGCAGUGUUGGGAGCCAAUGAUGGGCUAGUCUCUGUUGCCUCACUUAUGAUGGGUAUUGGAGCUGUUAAGAAAGAAAUCAGUGCCAUGCUUAUUGCUGGUUUUGCUGGAUUAGUUGCAGGGGCUUGUAGCAUGGCGAUUGGAGAGUUUGUGUCUGUAUACACUCAGUAUGAAAUAGAGGUGACUCAGAUUAAGAGGGAGAGGGAAGCUAAUAACAAUGGAGGAGUUGAUGGAGAACCUCAAAUGAAGAGGCUGCCGAACCCUUUUCAGGCUACACUAGCGUCAGCACUGGCCUUUUCUGUUGGUGCUUUGGUGCCAAUGCUAGCAGCUGGAUUUAUAAGGAAUCACAAGAUUAGGAUGGGAGUUAUUGGUGCUGCAGUUAGCUUGGCAUUGUUGGUGUUUGGAGGGGUAGGAGCAGUGCUUGGAAAAACUCCAGUGAAGAGAUCUUGUCUCAGGGUGCUGAUUGGAGGUUGGAUGGCUAUGGCCAUAACAUUUGGUCUCACCAAAUUGGUUGGCUCUGCUGAACUUUGA